CGUGGAGCCUUAAAGCUCUGGGUCUCUUGCAAAUGAUGCUUCAGUUCCUCCAUUUCAACACACCCACAGAUUGUUAUCACUUCCUCUAUUUUUCUUCUUUCUUUUCUUUCACAACUGCGGAAGUUUAGAGAAUCAUCAGACAGAAUAAGGAGGCUGUUGUCUGAAUUAAGCUGCUUUUGGGGGUGUGCAUGAUAAGAUCUUUUCCAUAGAUUUCUGUGGUAUUUCAGCACCAAUUUGUUCCUCUGAGCAACAGGACAGGACAAGACAGAAGACCUAGGAAGCCAGAAGUUCUGCUGCCUAUAAAAAUCCCAUCAUGAGGCUCGUUUUCAAUCUGUUCCUGGGAUGGUGGCUGACUCAGUAUUAUAGAUGGAUGGCUGAAGGAAAACCUCUUCCUCGACCUUCCAUCUCGGUGAAUCCCAGUAACGUGGUUGCUUUGGGAGAGAAUAUAAGUAUCAGUUGCAAGAAGGAGUGGAACCUAGAAGGGACAUCCAUUUUAUAUCUACGGAAAUCAAUGCCUAGUGAAAGAACUAUUAGGAAUACAAUGCACAAUGAGCUUGAAUUUCAUAUUUUCAAUGUCCAGCAAUCACAUCAGGGGAAAUACAGUUGUAUAUAUAAUUUAAAUUCAUUCUGGUCACCCUACAGCAACACAGUUUCUAUCAUUGUGCGAGAUCAACUUUAUCUCAGCCCCUCCAUUUCAAUAAUCCCCAAUGGCAUGAUUGUCCUAGGGAAAAAAGCCACCAUCCAAUGCAAACAAGAAUAUUACCCAACUGCACAUUUUAACCUCUUCAAAAAAGAUGCUUUAGAUGCACCAGCAAACUAUGUUUACAACAAACAAAUAGCUGAAUUCCCUAUUCCCAGUGUCCAAGAAUCAGAUGGAGGAAUCUACUUUUGUGACUAUCGAAUUGGCUACUGGAACAAAUACUCAAAGUUCAGUAAUAAAAUAUAUAUCAAUAUAACGGACCCCAAGGUCACCGAGCCUGCCAUCUUUAUGGAACCAAAGGGACAGCAAAUGCUUGAUACAGAUGUCCAGAUUUACUGCCAGGGGCCAAAGGGUGACCUGAAAUACUCCCUCUAUAAGUCAACAGACCUCAUAGCUUCCCAAAGGACAAAACCAAACAGUUCCUUGGCUGAGUUUUCCAUCUUGGGAGUCAGGUUGGAACACAUAGGAAACUACAGUUGUUGCUAUCAACUUAAAAAUAAACCCUUUAUGUAUUCAAAGUUAAGUGACCCUCUGCAGCUUGAAGUAAGAGAUCCCAGCCUGACCAAGCCUUCCAUCCAGAUUAUAAAUGAAGAACAAGAUGCCCCAGAAGCAAUCGUCUCCAUACAGUGCAAGGCGACAGAAACAGAUCUGAUUUUUGCUCUUCUGAAAUCAGGGAAACAGAUAGACUGCAAAGCCGCAGAGCCAGGGGAAAAGGCGGUGAAUUUUUCUCACCAUUGGAUAAAGUUGGAAGAGAUACAGAAUUAUACCUGCCAGUACAAAACCAGGCCCUUUGUCUGGUCUGUGCCAAGUGACCCAGUGGAGGCGCCUUGGGAAGGUAAAUCCUUAAUAACUCUAUGGACAAGUAUUGCUGCAUGCCUCUUCUUUCUGACUGUCCUCCUCCUGGUGCUUAUCCUCAUUUUAUACAGAAAAAGAAAAAAAGGCUCUGUCGCCACAGAAAGCAAUGUACCAGCCAAGAUGCACUUAAACUUUCCCAUGGAGGAAACCCCUGAUGAAGUUUCUUAUGCUACAAUAAACCACAAUUCACUGAAAAUCCUUUAUGAUACAGCCCCUGAAUCCUGUGUCUAUGCAAACGUGUCCCAAGAAAGCACUAAGGAGAUCCAAUAGGGAAGGCUAUUGAGAAGAGAAGAUCAUUGUUGGUGAACCCAUCUAUACCCAUCUAUACCACAUUCAGAUCAUCUUGAGUAUACACAUCCUCCUUCCUCUUUAACAGUUUUAAUUGUUCAAUCUCAAAGAUACGCUGGGUUCAGGCAAGCACAAAAGGGUCUUCAAAAGGAGAUUAUUAUAACACC